ACCGGAAGUGAGAGGAGUGGGCCAGACUAGACCUGGGCGUAGACUGGUUCCCACUUGGCCUUCAAUCAGGGUCAAGUGGAAGGGUCUUGUACCAAAGGGGAGCAAAGCCCGGCUCUGCCCGAAGCCCCAGGACCUCCAUCCCCAAAUGUCGGAGGUUCCCACCCAGGAAUCAGACACGUGAUUGUCGGACCGUCAGCACAGACUGGAACCCUGUAAGCGCUGUGGCUCCCAAAAUGCUGCCUGGCCUGCCUUCUCGGCUGCUGCUGGUGCUGGUGACGCUGCUGCAGACCCAGGCAGACGCUCGCUCCUUCAUAGUGGAUCGGCAACAUGACAGGUUCCUUCUAGACGGGGUCCCGUUCCGCUACGUGUCUGGUAGCCUGCAUUACUUUCGUGUACCGCGGGUACUUUGGGCAGACCGGCUUAUCAAGAUGCAAUUGAGCGGCCUCAACGCUGUACAGUUUUAUGUGCCCUGGAACUACCAUGAGCCAGAGCCUGGGAUCUAUAACUUUAACGGCAGCCGUGACCUCAUUGCCUUUCUGAAUGAAGCAGCUAGAGCGAACCUGUUGGUCAUAUUGAGACCAGGACCUUACAUCUGUGCAGAGUGGGAGAUGGGAGGUCUCCCAUCCUGGUUGCUUAGAAAGCCUAAUAUUCAUCUGAGAACCUCAGAUCCAGCCUUCCUUUCUGCUGUGGACUCCUGGUUCAAGGUCUUGCUGCCCAAGAUAUAUCCAUUUCUCUACCACAAUGGGGGCAACAUCAUUAGCAUUCAGGUGGAGAAUGAGUAUGGCAGCUACAGGGCUUGCGACUUCAAUUACAUGAGGCACCUGGCUGGCCUCUUCCGUGCACUACUUGGAGACAAGGUCUUGCUCUUCACCACAGAUGGGCCUCAAGGACUCAAAUGUGGCUCCCUCCAGGGACUCUAUACCACUGUAGAUUUUGGCCCAGCUGACAACAUUACCAAAAUCUUUACCCUGCUUCGGAAUUAUGAACCCCACGGGCCAUUGGUGAAUUCUGAGUACUAUACAGGCUGGCUGGAUUACUGGGGCCAGAAUCACUCCACACGGUCCAGUCCAUCAGUAGCACGAGGACUAGAAAAUAUGCUCAAGUUGGGAGCCAGUGUGAACAUGUACAUGUUCCAUGGAGGUACUAACUUUGGAUACUGGAAUGGUGCUGAUGAGAAGGGACGCUUCCUUCCAAUUACCACCAGCUACGACUACGAUGCACCCAUAUCUGAAGCAGGGGACCCCACUCCUAAGCUUUUUGCUAUUCGAAAUGUCAUCAGCAAGUUCCAGGAAAUUCCGUUGGGACCUUUACCUCCCCCCAGCCCCAAGAUAAAGCUUGGACCUUUGACUCUGAACCUGGAUGGGAAUUUGUUGGCUUUCCUAGACUUUCUCUGCCCACAUGGCCCCAUCCAUUCAGUUCUGCCAUUGACCUUUGAGGCAAUGAAGCAGGCCCAUGGCUUUAUGUUAUACCGAACUUAUCUGACUUACACUGUUUUUGAACCAACAAGAUUCUGGGUGCCAAAUAAUGGAGUUCAUGACCGAGCCUAUGUGAUGAUUGAUGGGGUAUUCAAGGGUAUUCUGGAACGAAAUAUGAAACACCAUUUACUUUUGACUGGGAAAAUAGGGGCCAAGCUGGAUAUCUUGCUUGAGAAUAUGGGGAGGCUCAGUUUUGGGUCUAACCACAGUGACUUCAAGGGCCUGUUAGAGCCACCAAUUCUGGGGCAAACAAUCCUUACCGAGUGGAUGAUGUUCCCUCUGAAAGUUGAUAAGCUUGUUAGGUGGUGGUUUCCCCUCCAGCUGCAGAAAAGAUCACAGUCUCAAGCUUCCUCUGGCCCUGCCUUCUACUCCACAUCAUUUCCACUUUUAGGCUCAAUUGGGGACACAUUUCUCUAUUUACCUGGAUGGAACAAGGGCCAAGUAUGGAUCAAUGGGUUUAACUUGGGCCGGUACUGGACAAAGCGGGGGCCACAACAGACCCUAUACGUGCCAAGACUCCUGCUGUUUCCUAGGGGAGCCAUGAACAAAAUCACAUUGCUGGAGCUAGAAAAUGUGCCUCAUGAGCCCAAAAUCCAAUUUUUGGAUAAGCCUAUCUUCAACAGCACUAUGCAUGGGGGGUAUACCUAUUUUCUCUCAGAAGCACAAAAUACGUAUGAACCAAUGGAGUUAAGUGGGCACUGAAGACCCUUAAACCUGGGAUAUAGGGCAGGAUCCUCUGGUGCUGGCCACAGGGACCAUAAAUAAUCAAAGGCUACAAUCCCUCUGAAUGUUAAGUACAAGUACAGUUUUCUUGCCAAACUUUAUUGUGAUUAAAGUUCCAAAGACAGUACCAGCUCCACA